AUGUCACAUAAUCAUAACUAUCAUCAUUGUGAAGAUGAGCAUCAUGAUGGUCAUAAUCAUACUGCACCAAUUCCAACAAAUCCUGGUCAAUCGUUGUACCAAUUCAUUGAUACUACGAAAAUACGUUGUUUCAAUGUUGUAGGAAAUGGUUGUAAUGAAAUUUAUAAAGGCUUUUUAAAAGAUAGAGAUAAUAGAUUUAAUUGUUCUAGUUAUGCUCAAAGUGAUGCAGAUUGUCAAGUUAUUGUACAUAUACCUUUUACCGCAACUUGUAGGGUGUUUUCAAUUAUUUUAAGGACAAAUGUUGAUGAUAGUUCAAAUAAUCUCAAUUCUCCAAAAACAAUUAAAAUAUUUAACAAUUUUAAAAAAAAUUUAGAUUUUGAUACUCUAAAUAGUGCAAAACCUGAUUUAUCUAUUGAACAGCCUCAAAAUGUAGGGGUUCAAGCCGGUUCAGAUGAUAUUAAUGAAGAUGAGUCAACUUUUGUAGAGCAUUACUUCCCUCGUAUAAAUUUUCAAAACUGUAGUUCAUUGACUUUAUUCUUACAAGAUAAUUGGUCUGGUGAUGAAGAUGAACUUUCAAGGUUAUAUUAUUUGGAAAUUAGAGGCGAGCCAACUGGUAAAUUACAACCUGAUAAUUCCGUGCCUUUAAUGGCAGUUUAUGAAGCUGCGCCAAAUCCUGCUGAACAUAAUAAAUUAGAACAAGAAGCAGAUGAAUUGAAUUUUUGCUCGUAG